AUGACAGGUGGCAGCCGGAGCCUAUAAAAAUUCCCGAGCCUCCAGCGACUCACGGACCCGGUCCCCUCCCGCGGAACCCCCCAGAUCCGGAGCAGGGACCCGGUCCCAUCCGGAGCGUAGCCCCCCAGAUCCGGAGCAGAGAGACCCGGUCCCUUCCGGAGUGGAGCCCCCCCCAAAUCCGGAGCAGGGACCCGGUCCCAUCCGGAGCAGAGAGACUCGGUCCCAGCCGGAGCAGAGAGACCCAGUCCCAUACGGAGCGGAGCCCCCCAGAUCCGGAGCAGAGAGACCCGGUCCCGUCCGGAGCGGAGCCCCCCAUAUCCUUAGCAGAGACCCGGUCCCAUCCGGAGCGGAGCCCCCCAUAUCCUUAGCAGAGACCCAGUCCCAUCCGGAGCGGAGCCCUCUUCCACCCUAGAGCGGCGCCCCCAGACCUUGCGGUCAUGCCCGGCAAAGAACCAGACCCAGACCCACAGCUGGCCCAGGCGACCCCAGCAGCCGAACCGGCUGAAGCCCCGGCAGCAGAAGCGGCUCCAGCCUCGCCAGCAGAGGGCGCCCUACAGCCUGAGCCCCAGGUCCCUGCCGCUGCUCCGGAGCGCGGGGAGGCUAAAGCAGAGCCGCCCAGCUGUCCACUGCACCUGGCAGUGGAGGACGUGAAUGAUAACUCGGUGUCCCUGACAUGGAAGGCCCCAGAGCAGGAGGGCUCCACUGACCUGGAUGGAUACUUGGUGGAAUGCUGCAAAGAUGGAACUGCAGACUGGGUAGCUGCUAACAAAGAACUCGUUCUUUCUACCCGGUACACAAUCCGCAACCUGACAUCAGGAGAUAGACUUCAGAUUCGUGUGAAGGCAGUGAAUGCUGGGGGCAUGAGUGUUCCAGCUGUCCUGGAGCAGCCUGUUGUCAUCAGAGAGAUACUCGAGCACCCGAAGAUCCGAGUGCCGCGCCAUCUGCGGCAGACGUACAUCCAGCCCGCUGGGGAGGUGGUGAACCUGCUAAUCCCUUUCCAGGGAAAGCCGAGGCCCCAGGUGAGCUGGAGCAAAGAUGGCCAGCCUCUGGAUCCCAAGAGGGUGACUGUGCGCAAUGGUGACAGGGACACCAUUUUCUUCAUUCGCAAGGCAGAGCGCAGUGACUCUGGCCAGUACCAGCUGAGCGUCAAGAUAGACAGGCUGGAGGACAAAGCUACCAUUGACAUCCGUGUGAUCGAGCAGCCAGGCCCUCCAGAGAACCUGAAGCUGGUUGACGUGUGGGGGUUUAACGUGGCGCUAGAGUGGAGUCCGCCGAAGGACAACGGCAACACAGCACUCAAAGGAUACAUGGUCCAGAAAUCAGACAGGAAGAGUGGGCAAUGGUUCACCGUGCUGGAGCGCUGUCCCCGGCCCAGCUGCACCGUCUCCGACCUGAUCAUUGGCAACAGCUACUCCUUCCGGGUGUUCUCGGAGAAUGCCUGUGGGUACAGCGCCACGGCGGCCGUCACCACGGAGCUGGCCCACAUCCGGAAACCAGAAAUUGCUUACAAGCCCGAGAAGUACUCGGGCCGGGACUUCUCUGAACCUCCCAAAUUCACCCAGCCCUUGGCGGACAGGUCCACCACCAGAGGCUACAACACUCAGCUCUUCUGCUGCGUCCGGGCCUUCCCCAAGCCCAAAAUCAUCUGGCUGAAAAACCAGACGGAGAUUCGGGAAGACCCCAAGUACAUCGCAGUGAUCAACGAGGGGGUUUGCUCGCUGGAAAUCCGUAAACCCAGCCCAUUCGACGGUGGCGUGUACACCUGCAAAGCGGUCAAUCCUCUCGGGGAAGCCUCAGUGGACUGUAGGCUUGAUGUGAAAGAGUACCCCAGUGAGGGCCGUGUUGCGGGUCUGAUGAAGAAGAAGGUAGGUUGGCGUCUAGCUGGGGCUAUAAUCAGGCCAGCUGGGGCAGGGGCAUCUGUCCCCAAGGACCCAGACACAGGUGCUACAUUUUAGGUUGUGUGAUCAGUACCAUCCCAGCUCACCCCAUGUGGGCUGCCUGCUGGUGGAGAGAGGGCUGUCUGUGUGGUCGUGCAUAUUCUGGCCAGAGCAGCACGGUGGGGACGGGGAGCAGAGACCCAGGCCUUGCUGUCACCAAGUGAGUCUGGUGACAAGCCAAACCCUGGGAGAGAAGCCGCUUGCAAUCCCGGGGCUUUGCUGAGCAUGAGCCAGGGGGUGAGGGUGGACGUGUGUGGAGAGCCCUGUGUCAUUAGUGGGCAUGUGGGUGAGGGGAGCUCUGGCGUGUCGGGCAGCACAGAGUCUCUGGGAGAUGCCAGUGGUCUCAACAGGGAAAUGAGUGUAGCCCAACACGUGGAGGGUAGAGGUGGGCAUGUACGGGGAGAGCCAAAGCACCGAUUCUGGGGUGGGAGCAUCUGUAUAUGGGAGCCCAGGCCUGGGCCCUUGGUGCCCAUGCAUGGGGAGUGGGCUGGGGCCAGUGGGGAGACAGAUGAGUGGAGCUGGAGUCUGGACAUACAGUGGGAGGGGAGCGGGGCAGGACAUGUCUUUAGGAAGAGAGCUAGGCCAAAUCAUGGGAGGACCCUGUGUGGGCGCUAGGAAGUAGCUCUGUGCCAGGAUUUCCCCUCUGCAGCUAGGCAGAUGGGCUGCACAGCCUCUCCUUGCCUGGAGGCUCUGUUCUGUCCUGGUUUCUUUGCUCCCUAGAUGAACACUGCAGCUUGGAGUGAAGUUGCCACUCGGUAGCGUAGGCAGCAGAAAUGCAGCGCACCAUGGAGCCUGCCGGCUUUGGCCCUGUCCCCAGAUCUGCGAACGUCUUCAGCUCUGUCCCUCUCUGAAGCAGCAUCCUGUGGUGGCAGCCCUGCUCUGGUGCUAUAGUCCCCCAACGUGCCUUUCGCUGUGACAAUAAAAAGAUUCCCACAGAG